CCCGGAAGUGUUUUCACAAACAUUAUGUGGAUAUAACUGUCUUGUGUUGUUUCAUCGGAUUUUAAUAACUAGAAACAAUUUCAGACCACUUUCCCAUUGGAAACACAGAAUAUGAAAUCGCGGGACAGAGGUGGUCUGCACCGCGCGAACUGAGUUCAAGUGAGUCAUCUAUAUGGGCCAUCUUCUCUCGAAAAAUGGUUACCGCCUGAAAAAGCGAACGCGCAAGCUGCGUAAGAAGAAGAGAAAAAGGAACUGCCUUAUUCAAGGCCCGUGCAUGCUCUGCUUCAUCGUCCACGGCAGCAGUGGUAGCCCUGACGACGAGCCUCUGGAGACCAGCGGUGGCAGCAGUGGUGCUGUAGCUGCGUCGGCCGUGAGCGCAUCGGCCUCCAAGCUCGCCGAACGCUACGCCUCCUCGCUGGGCUCGCCAGAGGCCUGUGCCCACUUCCUGUUGGCGCCGCAUGCUGAGUUGGCUCUGCUGACCGCCUCUGUCCCUGCCAAGCUCCUCGGGCCGCCCUCCCUGUUCCGCCCGGCGUCCACCGUUGCAGCCUCGGUCGCCGUGCCGACGCCCAGCCUCGCCGAGAUGGUGUGCAAGCGCAAGUGCGCCGAGCUGCAGCGCUGCACGCCCUGCAAGCAGCCGCGCUGUGCCUUCCCCGAGAGUGCUGAGGGAGCUGGGGCUACUGGCGGAGGAGGGGCCGCUGCUGCAGACACGGCAGCCCACCGCCUCCUGCCCCUCUGCUCCUUACCCUCUUCUUCCUCAUCAUCUUCAUCCUCCUCCGGCGAGGAUACAGGGGGCGUGGUGCCGCUGCAGAGGGACAACGGGGAGAGUACCAGCCCCGCCUCUGAAUGCUCACGGGCCACCACUGACACGUCAGAUGCCUCCUGCAUCAAUCACCUGCCCUCCUCCAUCCUCCUGAAGGUGUUUUCCCACCUGACCGUUCGGGAGCGCUGCCUGGGUGCCUCUCUGGUCUGUAAGUACUGGCGGGACCUGUGUUUAGACUUCCAGUUCUGGAAGCACAUCGACCUCAGUGGCCUGCAACAGGUGAAUGAUGAGCUACUGGUGAAGAUCGCCUCACGCCGGCAGAAUGUGACGGAGGUCAACAUCUCGGACUGCCGGAACGUGCAGGACCACGGCGUGUGCUCUCUGGCCUCCCAGUCGCCGGGCCUGCUGAAGUACACGGCUUACCGCUGCAAGCAGCUCAGCGACCUCUCCCUCUGCACCAUCGCCACACACUGCCCUCUGCUGGUCAAGGUCCAUGUGGGCAACCAAGACAAGCUGACUGACCACGCACUCAAACUGCUGGGCCAGCACUGUUCCGAGCUGAAGGACGUCCACCUGGGCCAGUGCUACAACAUCAGUGAUGAGGGCAUGGUGGCUCUGGCCAAGGGCUGCCCCAAGCUGCAGAGGAUCUACAUGCAGGAGAACAAACUGGUAACCGAUAAAUCGGUGAAGGCGUUUGCUGAGCACUGCCCUGAGCUGCAGUUUGUGGGUUUCAUGGGCUGCUCCGUCACCUCGCAAGGAGUCAUCCACCUCACAGGGCUGAGGAACCUGACCAGCUUGGACCUGCGACACAUCUCUGAGCUCAAUAACGAGACGGUCAUGGAGGUGGUGAGAAAGUGCCGGAACCUCAGCUCUCUCAAUCUCUGCCUCAACUGGAGCAUCAACGACAGAUGUGUGGAGAUCAUUGCGAAAGAAGGUAGAAGACUUAAAGAGCUCUACCUGGUGUCCUGCAAGAUAACAGACUACGCUCUGAUAGCGAUUGGCCAGUACAGCAGCAGCAUCGAGACGGUGGACGCUGGCUGGUGCAAAGACAUCACUGACCAAGGGGCCACACAGAUCGCCAAGAGCAGCAAGUCUCUGCGCUAUCUGGGCCUCAUGCGCUGUGACAAGUACAGCUGUGGGAGAGCAGCUGCAGCGUCCGAACCACAUUGAGCUCGAAGUGCUCCGGAGGACUCGACCAGCGGUCAUUUCCCUGAUCCCCCCAUCUCUCUCUCUCCUACUCCCUUUUUGUCACUCUCCUCUGUCCUACCUGAAUAAAGGCAGCAGUCCCCAAAAAUAUACUUCAAAAAUGAGGUCGUAUCUCAUAUGAAUUCAUUCACAGUCAGUCACAGACUACCCAUCAUGCACAGACCACAGACACUCAACACAGGCCCUCCACACUACACAAACCUGAGUCCAGUGUCCUAGAGCACAGUGGUUAGUUGAACAGACCAUGCAUCAGUAGUGCAAUAAACAAGCAUAACACACUGAGUGUGAGAUGGUGCCGGACUCUAUAAAUGCUGGCACUGGGAGUGGAGAAGCUGCCCUGCUGGCUGCCGUCUCCUAAGAAACUUCUUCUCCCACUGAGUGGACUUUUUGCUCUGAUUUAGGGGCUCCAUCAGCCAGAGAUCAGUCUGUGCUUAAACAAAAUGGCGUGGAGUAAAUUAGCCCUUAAUUAGCAUUAGCGCGCGGAGCGGGGCCAUUAAGGAGUUUACACUGCCAAUACCAGCCGUCGCACAUCAUUAGGGCCGCAGGGCAGCUGAUGAGGCGGGGCAGCUCCUCUCCGCGCCGCGCCGGGCAAACAGCGGGGGAUUGA